CAACUCACGUCCAAAACAUGUGACACACACACACACACACACACACACACACACACACACACACACACACACGCGCGCGCGCGCGCGCGCGCACGCAUGCACUCUAUCUGUAUAGGUAGUACGUAUUGCAAAUUAAUGUCAAGAAAAAGUUUGAGGUUGCAUGCGCAGAAUUCUAGUGACGUCAUCGACGUAAUCAAACGAUAUUGAAAUUUCCGGUUUGGAUAGGCUCAAAACAGGGCUUGGCAAAAACAUGGACAGAGACGGAGCGGCUGGACAGGACGACGAGUGGGAUCAAUUACUGCGUCCUCACUUGGCUGAUGUGCUUUCUAGACCAGUAUCAGCGGUCAUCAGUGUAGGAGGUCUACCAGCAGUGAGGAUAGCCACGCCAGCAAUGCCAACUCCCCAAAUUCUGCAUGAUAAGCCCCACACCAAAGAGAGUGAGCCUGGAGCAAGCAUUCCAAAGCAGCGGGACGACAACAGAUCACAAGAACUUAGUGAAGUGUCUAAACCAGAGCCAGUAGCUGAGGAUGAUGGAACUCUAGUUGCAGCUUUCCCACAAAUUGAUUUUUUAGCUUCUAUACAAGCUGCACCAAAAUCUGGGCAGCUUGACGUUAGAAUACAAGACGAUGGAACCGUGUAUCAAUUCUACUUUGCAAAACAAGGAUCCAAUAUGGACGACUGUGUACACGCAGUGUAUGUUCGUUUCCCAUGCAUGCCUCCGCUUGAACAGCUAGAACAGCUUGCUAUGAGUAUCACAGAAGGUAGCGUUACUCCACUGAUGGCAGUUUUUGUCAGUGAGCAGAACGAUGCAGUCGAAACAGAAAUCCCUCCAUGCACUGUACUCAUCAAACCAACCAUGCAGUCAUGUUUCAAGCGAGCAGUCAUCUCUGGAGAUUUAGGUGCAUCACCGGAAUGUCCAAUGGCCCAGCAUCUGAGUUCAGAAGUGGUUUGUAUUGUUGGUUUGGGAAGCCGUGGAUCCCAGAUUGCUGUACAACUGGCCAAGGAAGGUGUUAGGCGCUUUAUCUUAGUAGACAAGAAGAGACUGACACGAGGUGAAGUGUCCAUGCACGCAUGCAGUGAAGACGAUGUCGGUCGUCUUAAAACUCUAGCGGUAAAACAGGCAAUUACAGCAGCAGUCAAUGAUGCAAUAAAACCUGCACAUAUAAAUGAUGGCAGAGAAGCUGAAGUUUCUACUUACUCUAUUGACAUUGCAAAGUACAGCACCAGUCCAGAACUUUUGAAUGACAUGAAGGAGUGUAAGUUAGUAAUUUGCACAACUUCUGGGGCUCAUACUUAUCAAAAUGUCAACAGUCUCUGUCUCGAACUUCAUAAAACAGCCAUAUUUGGUCUGUCCAGUUCCACAGCUGCACGAUGUGAGGUCACGAGGCUCAGAAACUCCCCAGAUUCGCCUUGCUUUGCGUGUACAUACACUCAUGACUCUCUACAGAUGUUCCAUCUGGCCACUGAGAAAUUUCGAGGGCUCCAGUGUGACAUCAUGCCUCUUGUAAACAUGGUGAGCAAGAUAGCUCUUGUUGAGCUUUGCAAGGGAAAGGACAGCAAUAUUGAGAGCCUGGGGAAAGACCUUGAGUGUGAUAGAUACAGAUGGAAGAACAGGCAAGAAUGUGAUCAGAAGCCGGACACGGUAGAUGUCAAAUGGGAUGAUCAUCAGAUCCUUGCUUGGCAGCCAGUUGCUGCAGUGAGAGACCUUGAAUGUAAAGUCUGUCAGGCGACACGAGGUAUUCUACCGUCUGGAGAGACAAAUUGGGAUGAAACAAAGUAUCCUACAUCUUUCUUCCGUGAAGACCAAGAUUAGAAGAAAUGACCAAACUUAAUGUCUAGUUUCCGCUAUUAUCAAUUGUUGAUUUCUUGCAUCCUCUUGUCAAAUAUUUCUUAGCUGUUUACUUGUUUGUGAUAUCACUGAAUCUAGCUGCAAAUAAAAUAUGUAAUAAUUUGCACACCAUAUCAAAAAAGCAACUAAGACACCUCAAAACCUUAUAACUCGCAGUAGUCAUAGUAAGAUAAUUAGAAUUAAACAAAAAGAGGAUACCAUAUUUUCCGCGAACAGUUUCUCAUGGGGCACAAUUUUUCA